AUGAGUGAUAAUAACAAUAAAGAAGAUAUACUCGAAAACACUGCUGAUAAUGUGAAAGGGGAAACGAGAGAAGCAAACGGAAUAAAUGAAAUGUUAAAUCAUUCAAGAUCAAAUCAAAGCAGCAGUUUAAAUGAAAGUGAACUACGUACCACUAGUAGUAAUACAGUUACUAUAAGUUUUACUGAAAGUGACAGCACAAGUUCAUCUAGCAGUCGUGGUGAUACUAGUGACGGUGAUGAUAGUGACGAAUCAGACUCAACUAGCUCCGACGAUGAUGAUGAGGAGGACGAGUCUGCUCAAUCAAAUCAAAUUGCCGAUUUUCUGGUCAAGGUUUUACUACUGUCCCGUCAAUAA